GUCUGAGGGUUGUGCAUUUAGCUUCCCCCAUCCUGCAAAGCCACUUGAGCAUGUGCUAGCUGGACUAACCUUGUCUUUAUUCAUCAUGUCUUUGCAAAGGCUCAUGCAACAACAAAGCAGCAAUGGCAAUCUGGACUACUGCCCUGGACCCUCCUAUAGCUCUUACUCCAUGCUCACAGGCACACUCACCAUGGAAGAUAACAGAAGGCUUCAAGUGCUGGCAGACACUGUGGCAACGUUACCUCGGGGACGGAAGCAGCUUGCGUUGACGAGAUCAAGUUCUUUGGGUGACUUUUCAUGUUCUCAAAGGAAGCUGGUUUCUCUGGAAAAGCAAGACAAUGGAACAUUUGGAUUUGAAAUUCAGACACGCAGGCUCCAGAACCAGAAUAUUUGUUCCUCAGAAAUGUUUACUAUCAUCUGCAAAAUACAAGAGGACAGUCCAGCUCACUACGCAGGCUUGCAAGCUGGUGAUGUCCUUGCAGAUAUCAAUGGUGUGAGCAUAGAAGGCUUUACCCACAAACAAGUGGUUGACCUGAUCAGAUCAUCAGGGAAUCUGCUAACGAUAGAGACUCUUAAUGGAACAAUGAUUCACAGAAGAGCAGAGCUUGAAGCAAAGCUGCAGGUUUUAAAGCAAACCUUGAAGAAAAAAUGGGUGGAGUUCAGAUCUCUACACUUACAGGAACAGCACCUGCUUCAUGGUGAUGCCACUAACUCCCCAAGUUUGGAAAACCUGGAUAUGGAAGAGUUGUCUUUGUUUGGAAGCCUACCCGGGCCAAGUCCAGCCCUUGUGGACCGGAAUCGAUUAUCCAGUGAGAGCAGCUGUAAGAGCUGGCUGAGCUCCAUGACAGUGGACAGUGAGGAUGGCUACCAAACGUGUGUGUCUGAGGACUUGAACAGGGGUGCCUUCAGCCGGCAGACGAGCACAGAUGAUGAGUGCUUUGUCUCCAAGGAUGGGGAUGAUUUUCUGAAGGGCUGUACUUCAAGGAGGAGCCGAAGCAUCAGUACCACCAGCAGUGGAUCCAUGUCUCCCUUGUGGGAGGGCAAUUACUCAAGCAUGUUUGGGACUCUUCCCCGGAAAAGCAGAAGGGGGAGUGUCCGGAAACAACUCUUGAAAUUUAUCCCUGGCCUGCACCGGGCAGUGGAGGAGGAAGAGAGUCGUUUUUGAUGGGUUACUGUGCCCUUCAAAACUGGCUUCUGUCACAGGGUUCCUUCGCUUGUCUAGAUCAACUCCACACAGUUUAGUGGAAAAGUGCAAAUGGCUUGUGAAACUGACAUCCAUUUCCCAGCAAUAGUGACCUUUACUUAAAAUUUUACAUCAUUGCCUUUGCUUCUUAAACCACAUUUCAACCAGAGCAGCUCAUGUUGUAGGCAGGAAAAAGGAAAUGAAGAAGUAAGUUAGAUAAUUUAUCAAAUACAUACAAGUGCCUGUCCACACCACUGCUACUGAUGAAAGAAAGAAUACUGUUUACUUUUCAGAUUCUGCACAUAAAAACUGGAGACAUUUUUGGAGGAAAGUACCAAGUUAUACGUAUCAGGUUUACAUUGUAUAGGAAAAUUUGUUCAGUUAGAAAACUUCAUGUUUGCUUAAUUAAACUCUGGGCUUCUGGCAAUUUGGAACAUAUCUGUUUAAAUCGUUAAAGUGUAAUAAGCGCAGAUGGCUAUCACAUUCGUAGUGACAGUACAGGAGGACAUGUAACAUUUGAUAUGAAGUAUUAAAUCAUAGAAUGGGAAGAUGGGCAAUGAGUUGGGUGCUGAGGGAGUUUGUAGUAAGGCAUUUGUGAUUAGCAAUCUAAUCAAAAAAGUGUGGGAAUCUUGUACUGUGUUCCCAUUUAGGAUUUUUGUUUUGCUUCAACAUGGACAAGAAGCUUAGCCCUCGGGAUCCUACAACUUUGGAUUUAAAAAAAUUAUUUGGCUCAUUUUUUUAAUGAGGGUAAGAAAAGAGCUUUACUCCUCUGGGUGUUCACAUCACUCCUUCUUGCAUGUAUUUCUAAUACUAUUACCUGAGCGCUCUUCUACUGAAGACACCUGUGUCACAUUCUAGCUUUUAGCUUUUCAGACAUGCUGUUUUUUAUUCAAUGCCCUUUAAAGUUCAUGCUUCCCUUGUUCUGGUUAUUACCUAUUUUCUAAAAUAAAUAAUUCUGAUUUUUGUGUUAAA